UAGGUGUUACAUAUAUUGUACAAAGAUGUCAUUCCCAUAGCGAAGAGAACUUUGCGCGAUCAUAUCGCCCAAGUCGUUGGCUUUUCGCUGCCACAACCUUCGCUCGUGGAGUGGUGAAUUCGCCAGACAUGGACGAGGUCGAGAAUCCUGCUCUUCCUGCUGCCGGAAUGUCCAGUCCGACGUUGAGGCCAUUGGGAAGCGAUGAAGAUCCGGGCAGUACAAUAACCGAAGCAUCGCAAUCGGAAUUGCAAUCGGAUAAUGUUCAAGAGUCAGCAAGAUUCGGCGGUUUGGACCCGGCAGACCCGGCUCCAAACCCAUCAAGAUUCGGCGUGCAGUCGAGACCAUCAGUGCAACGAGAAACCUCUGUGCCGCCGCCUCAGCAGCCCCCACCAGCACCUCCCGUCCAAACCAACAGUGACAUGAACGAAUACUCGCAGGAUCCACCGGACAGCUUGACUUUGGCUGAUUUGAAGCGAAUUCGAAACUCUUUUCCUGCUGCGGUGGAACCCCAGAGGCAACAGGUCGUCGAACUUCGGGACGUUUACGACUUUGAUUACCGCGACGCACAAUCGCUACCAUGCGAAUUGGAAGAGUGGUUUAGCUAUAGCGAGGAAGAGGAGAAGAGACUGUAUCAAUGUAAAGCAGUCUUUGAUCAAGAAUGGCGUGCUUCCGAACAUGGAAAGCAGGAUUGGUUGAAUGUUACGGAGGAUGCACGCAGAGCUUUCACCAAGAGGUGGAUCCAAGUCUUGAACGACCCAUCGCAGGAGCAGGAUGUCGCGAAUGCGCUCAUGAUACUCACAUAUCUAGGCCUUGGGGUCUGGGAAGAGACGGCAGGACGCAACGAAGGAUGUGCCCUGGAAGAUCUUUUCAACGAUAGUGGCUUUGGCGGAUCUCGUCUGGAAGAGUAUGGCCGUUCAAGCUUACAGAUCCAAUGGAUCGUUGCCAUGGUUGACACGCUCCAUGCUUGUGACGGGUUGAGCAAUAUCUACGACACGCUGAGACGGAUCUGCGAGGAUGAUUUUGCGAAUAGUGCCGUAGAGCCAAGCUUACGGGAUGAGGGACAGGCUCAAAGAGGCGACACCACCAUCGAGCUUUGGUGCGCUUUGACACUGAUGUAUCUCUUCGUUGAGGUGGCCAGGACUACGACUAAUGCUCGCGCUUUGAAGCAAGACGUCGUUGCGCUGGACCCAAAUAUUCUCUCAUAUCUGACGCAGAUCGUCGCCAGGAUGCGAUGGGAUGAAAAUGCACCCAUACCCUUGACCAAGAUGUUGCUGCUGGCGUGGAAAGCAAUUCUGGUAUGUUUUGGUGGCAUUGCUGACAUCGAGCAGCUGAAGAAGUCUCUCCAAAAGCAGGAGGUGGACAAAGAUGUUCGUGGCGCGCCCAUCAUCACUGCCUCCCCACUUGACUAUCACCUGUUUCGACAGGAAAUUAGUUCCAAAUAUCCUGCCUAUCAGCCACCAUUACCACUCUUUCCUCUGGAGCCCGAGCACAAUAGCAUUUUACCGCCGCUGAGCCAUCGCCGUCCAAGUGUUUCGCGGUCAGAUGCAGCCAUCACUGGGGCUCCCAAUAUUGGCAGCGAUUCAAUCAUGCAUCAGCCGAUGCACAUUGCCACGCCAGCCCCCUCACCUCCUCCAUCGCCUGGCGGUCCUGGCAAGGCUGGCAAGAAGCAAAACUAUCAGACGAAUCAACUAUUUCCAUUCCUCUAUCCUCCUCUCGAUGCCAGCAGUAAUGACCUCGGAGGAAAAGGAAGCACUGAGCUGCAGGACACGCUUGUGGGCCGUCGAUGGGAGGGCUCCGACGUACCAUCAAGUAUCUUAGAGGGCGCAGAAUUGUUUGCGCAGCGCAUGCGUGCCACACGUGGCAUGCAACAAAUGUGGGAUGCCCGAGAUGACUUUAUGAAGGAAGACCGAGGCUGGGAAACCAACGGUGAUCCCAGUGCCUUCAUCGACGUUGAUGCUCGCGAAGAGCUGCGAAAGGGAGGACCAGCAUACGCUGGUCAGAAAGUCCCGCCCGAGGCCCAAGAAGUUAUUGCCAAGGUCAACGCUUACUACAAAGACUGCCUUCCACAUUUGCAGAGCCUGGUCGUUGUGAUGUUGAAGGUCAUUCUUCAGAACGUUACAGAACUCGUCACAAAGAGUGGCCACAAUGGCUUUCCGUCGAGCAUCCAGCUGAAUGACAUGAAUGGUCAUCGAACAAUGGAAAACAGCGUCAACUUCUCCGCGGAUAGCAUCGAGAAUGCUGUCGACGAAGCCAACAAACAACGAUCCCAGGAAAUCUUAGCGAAGGCGUUAGGGGCUAUCAUCUUGCUGCUGUUGAAAUGGUUCAGGCUUUCCCAUGUACUACAAUACGAGUACAUGACGCAGCUUCUCUUGGAUGCGAACUUUGUACCACUUAUCGUGCGAGUGUGGCAAUCACAGGACAUUGGUCGGGCGUGUCAUAUCAAACAAGAUCGCGAGGAUCGUAGCUUUUUCUACUACUGCCAAAAGAAUUCACGGCAAGGCGCACCGGAAUCGACUUUGGCUCCAGCGAUGGCAUCACUAAACGAGGAGUCUGAAGAUGAAGCAGCGCCGCCUCCGAUCAAACGUAAGCGCGACGAUUCGAGCAACGAGUUGUCUCUACGACCUGAUGACUUCUCCCACCUACCCGAAGUUGAUGAGUUGGGUUAUCAAACGACUCCGAUGCCCCUGAAGCCGAUCAAGUCAUACUCAUAUCGCAACAUCUUCAGUACAAUCAAUUAUCUGCGCAUCCUGCAAAAGAUCACUCACCGCAAGACACAUCGUGCCUUGACCCUCGUAGGCAGUCACAAGACUCAAUUCCUCAGAAAGACGCUGAAGAUUCCAGUACAGCUUGUUCGAUACUAUACCUUGAAGCUCUACAAAUCGCAGGUCCCCUUUUGUGGACGCAAGUGGCGGCAGAGCAACAUGAAAGUCAUCACUGCGGUCUGGUUGUCCGUCCCAGCAGAUCUCCGCGACGACUGGCUCACAGGGGGUGGAGGCGGCAUGGGCGGCGCAUAUGUUGGUGACGUGGAUGGCACCGUCGAGGACGCCCUCCCGCUUGAACAGAGCUUGCGGACUAUCACGCAUUGGUGGAAUUUACGCAAUUUCCCGGACGCCAUGUGCGCAACGAACAACGUCCAAGACGAAGGGAUGGAUUUUUUCACCCGCGAGCUCGAGAAGAUGGAUUUGUUGAGAGAGGAUGAGAUGGCAGAUAGCCAGAGCCUCGCGGAAGGUUUAUGGGAAGGUCCGGUUGAUGGCUAUUGAUAUCAUUGCACUUACACUGGUGUAGGAAGAUCUUGAGGUUGUGCAUAACGUUCAAAUACAGGUUCUUUGAAUCUUUUUUGAACCAGUGCCAUCGAACUCGUGACUUCGCCAUCGAGUCGUUUGGUACUGUGUCCGGUGCGACACCUGUCAACUAACUAACUAGUCUUUCAACUAACUAAAUGAUCCAGCAAAGACUGUACCAAAAGUGCCCUGUCCGAUUUGACGGAUCCAUGGAUGUCUGCCAGGGAUAGGUACAUUCAGACGCUGUCCGAACAAUCCAUGGAUAGCAAUCUUGAACGAGCUAAAAGCGAGAAGUCCGAAAGGCGUGCAACGAUCCAGGGUGAACAGCGAAUUGAUGACUCAUCACUCAAUGAGCUCCACUGAUUAGUCACCACGGUAUGAGCUCAGGACGAGUUCGAAGGCAACUUCAUGUACUUCACCUAGGCGAUGUGCAUCAGUAAAUGCAUGAAGUAGUUCGUCCUCCAG